AUGUUUUAUUUUGUUCUAGGAUAUUCCAACUUAUCAUUCAAAACGUGGGGUUCGGCAGUAAUGGUUAUCGGCUAUUGCAUCGCGUAUGUGACCUUGUACCGACGCGAUCUUGUGAAAUUACGAAAUAUAAGCCAUGGUAUUCAUAGGAGAAAUGCUAUUUAUACUCUGAGCACAAAGUUCCAGCUGAAAGAAAAUCUCAGAGUUAUGAAGAUACUAAUGCAGUUGUCACUAAUGUGGGCAGCAUGCAUCCUGCUCGCGUGCCUAUUCUUCAUGCUAGCAACAUAUACUUCAGCUGAUGACUCACAGUGGCGUGGUUAUGUGCUCUCGCAGCUCUUCUUUGCGAUGUAA